AUGACUAGUGCUACAUUGAAUCUUCUUAAAGCUGAAAAAUUAACUGAAGAAAAUUAUACAACUUGGAAAAUUACGAUAUGUACUGUCUUGGUCAUAGACGACCUUAAAUUCAUUUUGACAGAGGAGUGUCCGCCUGGCACCAACGUGUCACAAAAUAUUCAUGAUGCUUAUGACAGGUGGAUCAAGGCCAAUGAUAAACCCAAAGUCUACAUUUUGGUAGGAUUAACUGAAGUCCUGAUAAAAAAGAAUGAGACCAUGACAAUUGCACACGAGAUCAUGGAGUCACUGCAUGACAUGUUUGGAAAACCUUCCUCACAAGCCAUGCAUGAUGCUCUUAAAGUUCAUCUUCAAUGCACAGAUGGAAGAAGGAUCAUCUGUUAG